CAACAGCGCAGGCAGCAAAUCGACCCCACUACUAUGCCGGCACGCCUAGGGAUAAACGCCUACAACACGCGCUAGGAAACCUCCUCGGUAGUGCCUAGGUAGAGUCAUAUGUUCAAGGAGCAAAAUCCCCCAGUUUUUCUCUCUCGCACCCGCUCUUACUCGCGCCUGCGCACAAACGGCUGGCGAUCCCUCAAAUGAACGUCUCGUACUUCAGUGGCGCUCAGGCUCAACCGCCAUUUACGCUUCAGUAGCGUCAACAGACUGGCGAGGAGUUACCCUUUUGUGUGCGUUGCUUUCGUUAUUUGCGAACGUUUAUGGACAGUUCGACGUUGCUUCGCGGCGUUUUCAAUCACAAUGAGCUGCUGCGCCUUCGGAUGUCGAAGUAGAAUCAGCGAAGGCAAAAAGCUCUUCACGAUACCGUCCGGCAAGGCUGACGAGUUACGAAGAAAGGAGUGGGUUCGUCGAAUUGGAAGGGAGAACUUCACACCGACAACCUCCACACGACUGUGCGAGGACCACUUUACGGAUGACCAGUUUGAGGCCAUUGUGCUGGAGCGGUACGGCGUCAAAAAGCUGCGUCGUGAUGCUGUGCCCACUAUCUUCUGCUACGACAAGAAUGCCAAAAUCAGCUCUAAAAAGGUUCUUGCAAAAAGAUGCAUACGGAUGACCAAGAACAGCUGUUUCUACAAACCCAGCUGGAAGAAAGCACCACCAGAGGCCCCUCAGAAAAGCGAGGGCCAGCCAAGCAAAAGUAUGGUUCACAUCAGCAUGAACGAGGUGCUUCCGUCACAAGAAACGCUGCCAAUGUCUGUUGAAACCUCGGGCAAAGACUGGCUCUCCAGCUCUUCGAACCAAAGUGGACACGACCACGAGGCGAUACCAGUGACAACUGAAGGGGCGCCCGAGGUAUUUGUAAGUCGUCUGAUCCCCGUCGACAUAGAAAACAGAACUUGGCAGGAAGGGAGAGAAGAACAUGCCAGCAGUUCCACCCUGUGCCAGAACUCGGCCUGCUCAAAUGUCCAAUCUGAACCCCAGCAUGACACGGGUCAAGGAGAAUACGCACCGGCGCAUCUUCCACUGGCCUCGGGCAGUGACACUGUGGAGGAUGAGAAUCGACAGCGGAGCACAGCAGUGAAGGCCACAGGGGUGGCAGCAAGCAACAUUGUUGCUGGUCUGAGACCCAUCCGCCCGAAACAAGGUUUAGCCGGCGAUAUUCAGAAGGCCUCGGGAUCCACUGGUGCGGGAACUGUAAAUUGGCCAGAGAGCGGGGCAGUGCAGACGGUGGUGGCAACCAGUCCCGAUGGUAGUGCAGUGCAGCCAUUCGUCCAAGCAGGCCUCGGUGAUGGUCAGCAGUGUGAUGCCGCGCAAGAAAAAAAUAUGCGGGUGCUGAAAGACGGUCUGGAGGGGCACCAAACCAGCAUGCAAAACGUGGCAGCAUGUAUCGAAUUGGAUGGUUGUCAUCGGUCAUCAUUCAUUGGCAGUGUGAGAGAUGUGAACGUGCGCCAAAGUGAAACAGGAGCCGCUGGACCUAGCGACCUUACCAGCUCCAUCCAAAUAAGUUCGGUCUACACACUUGUGGGUGACAGGCACCAGCAUGCAGCGAGUGCUGGAGAGAGAGUACAGGGAUUGAUCAACGGUCCUGUCGUUAACCUUCAAAGAAGAGUUGCCAAAAGCACAGCGCGGCUCAUGGUCGGAUCACAAGAAGCAGGAGGAGAACCAAUCCAUAUGACUGUUGCAGAUUUUCAAAGGCCGGACAACCCUUUGUCUGCGCUGAAGCAUGUGGUUGACGUUGAUGCGGACGCACUGGCCUGCAUGCUGGACCGGAGACCUCUGACCAGUGAGGAAGACCUGUGGGACCGCAUCGACGAUCUGGAGGAGAAGUUGUUGCGUGCCCAGAAAAGGCUCGCUGUCGUGCGGGCGCAGAGACGGCGGGUCCUGGUUGAGAACCGGGCACUGAGGGUGCAGGUGCGGCGACUGCUUCGCCGCAAGACCUACCACCCGAGGCGCCUCCACACAUCGGCCGGCUUUAGCAGCUGAGCUCAUGGCAGGCAACAGAGACGGUGCUGAGUGAAUCACCAAGCCGGGACACAUUGUGCAUGCAGUGACAAAUGUGAACAAUGGUAGUGUGCCGUGUGCUUUGUACAUAGAGAAUAUACACACUCGGACCGAGAAGUUCUGGUGGGUGAAACAAAUUUGUUUUUCUUUUCUGUAAUAAACCAUGCCUCAUGUUCAUGCA